CAUCAUCAUCAUCGUCAUCAUCAAGCUCCGAUGAGGAUGAGGAUGAAGAUGAGGACGAUGUUGACGAACGAAAUAUUCUUCUUGCAUUACAAGAUGCUCAACAACAACGUGUUACAAAUUCAUCACCACUACGACCGAUUAUUGAAAAUGCAGAAAUAGAAAAUAAUCUUAAUCAUGUAACAUCAAAUAUUAAUAAUGCUAAUAGUGAAUCACUGGAUCAAAGAUCUCAAAUAGUCUCUAGUUCAUUUAAUCGAUUUCCUUUACUUGGUUCAUUUAAACGUCAACGAAGUGAAACUUCAUCAGAAGAAUCUGAUAGUGAACCUGAUUUAUUCUUUACAACGAGAAUACCACAUGAUGACGACGACGACGACGAUCAUGAUGAUGAUGAUAGUGAUGAUGAAACAGCAUUUUAUUCAAUUUCUAAUAAUAAUAAUAAUACCAAUAAAUUACGUUGUUUUGAAAUGAAUGGAUGUGAUCUACUUGAUGGUGGUAAACGACGUCGACAUUAA